AUGGCAGCCAUGUACUCGUCGUCUACCAUAGCCACGUCCGAACGGAGCCGUCGCUCAAGACUCGAUUCCACACUUGUUGACUUCUCUCCGGGCCUGGAUACCGAGUCUGAUCCCCUAUUACGAUCUACCUAUCCAUUUGCCCGCGACCAUGAUUGCCCUUCACAUGAACCGUACCGCUCCAUCGCCACCGCCAACUCCUGCUCAUUCUCCCAUGUCUCCAUCAGCCAGCAGUCCCAAUCCCAGCCCUCCCUCCUCCAGCUCAGGCACAGAAUCAACCGCAAAACAGAUCUCCUCCUUCUCCCGCUCCUCUCCACCCUCUACCUCUUCAAUGGCCUCGACCGCGGCAACGUCGGGAACGCUCAGACACAGGGGUUCACAGCGGAUAUCGGGUGCGAGCCGCGCGAUUUGAACCUGGCUAUCUCAGCAUUUUGGGUCAUGUUUGUUGCUUGUCAGCCGGUAUCCGCUGCUUUUGGGAGGAAAUGGGGAGGGAGAGUGUGGAUUGUUGGAAUCAUGCUCAGCUGGGGAGCAUUGACACUGUCUCAGGCCUUUAUCAAAGGAAGAGGCUCUCUCCUAGCCACCCGCCUUCUCAUCGGCGCCUUCGAAGCCGGAUUCUAUCCCACGGCCCUCGCCUACUUGACAGUGUUCUAUCCCCCUUAUGACCUUGCUGUGCGCAUUGCGCUGUUCUAUGGACAAUACGCGGUGGCAGGGGCGUUUUCUGGGGCCAUAGCCUAUGCUAUAUUCCGGAUAGAGCACCCGACGUUGAAGAGCUGGCAGCUCCUGUUCCUCAUUGAAGGUGGUGCGACGUGUCUUGUCGCACUGUUUGCAUGGGUAUGGUUGCCCGAGGGGCCGGAGAGUGCUUGGUUUUUGACAUCGGAGGAAAGAGCGUUAUUCAGGAAAUGUCGAGUCGUAGAUGGAGUUAAAGCUAGUAGUGAAUGGGCAGAAGAGGGCGAUGAUGAAGAGGCCGGACAUGGAUAUAGAGUGAACGGGAGAUGCCAUAAUGACGAUGAGACCGAGAGCCAGCGGAUGGUAACAGGAGGUGUUGAAGAAGAAGCAUCCGGGCGUUUUGUAACCUGGCGAGAAAUUGUCGAAACUGUCCGUGACUGGAAGCUCUGGUUCCUUCUUCUUUGCAACAUUUGCGCCAGUAUCCCCAGCACCGCAUUCUCGGUCUUCUUACCUUUGGUGGUAGAGGGGAUGGGAUACUCGGCCCUGCAAGCCAACCUGAUGUCAGUACCCCCCUUCGUCUUUGGCGCAUUGGGCGUCUACCUCUUUGCCCUUUCCUCCGACCGCUGUCAAGAGCGGGGAUAUCACAUCAUGGCUGGACUUGCCAUUUCCGCAGUCGGGUUAGCAGGCAUUGUUUUCACCACUUCCUCGUCCGGCAAGUACAUGGCCCUGUGCAUUCUUCUCUUCGGCUCCUACGUACCCCCGCCCCUAACCGCUGCUUGGCUAUCCAAUAACACGCGUUCCCCCAACAAGAGAGCGCUUGUGCUGGGUGUCAACGGAUGGGGUAAUCUGGCGGGGGUUAUUGGGAGCUGGGUGUUUAGGAUCGGCAGUGGCCAUGGUCAAGAGGAAAGGGGACAUGAAUAUAGGGAGCCGUUAUUGAUCACAUUUGGGUUUGUUGGGAUAGCAAUCAUGGGGUAUUGGGCGUAUACGGAGGUGCUGAGGUGGGAGAACAGGAGAAUGGAUGAGGCUGAGGUUGGAAAGAUGGUGGAGGAGAGCAGCAUGAAAUGGGACAGCGAGAAUCGAUGUAGGACAAUGGAUGGGGAGGGGAAGCCAAGUUCUAGGGGUCAUAACUUGUAG